AUGUCCGAUCAAUUUGCCAAAACGCCAAACGUUGGAAGAACACAAAAAAAUUAUCAAUUUAGAAAUUGGGCGGAUACGUUUAGGUGUAUCCCUGAAUUGUAUUUUAGACCAGAGUCGGAGGAUGAAAUUGUCAAUAUUGUAAAUCUCGCGCGGGAAAAUCAUAAAACUGUAAAAGUCGUUGGAGCUGGUCAUUCGCCAUCAGAUUUAGCUUGUACGAAUGAAUACAUGAUAAAUUUGGAUGACCUAAAUCAUGUAUUAGAGUUUGAUCCAAAAUCACUAAUAGUAACCGUCGAAGCAGGAAUUCGAUUGUUUCAGCUAAAUCAAGAACUCAAAUGGCGUGGAAUUGCGUUAAGAAGUCUUGGCUCGAUUUCGGAUCAAAGUAUUGCGGGAGCUAUCAGUUCCGCUACUCAUGGCACCGGGAUAAAUUUUGGGAAUCUUUCAACUCAGGUUAUUGGUUUGACACUGGUAACAGCUUCUGGCCAAAAAAUAUCUUGUUCCAAAGAAAAGAAUACCGAAAUAUUUAAAGCGGCACUUUGUAGCAUAGGAGCCCUAGGCAUUAUUACGCGUGUCACAAUACAAUGUGAAGCGGAAUUUCGUCUUGAGGCUGAACAGAAACCAAUCAAACUUGACGCAAUAUUAAAUGAUCUAGAGAAAGUCGUGUACUCGGCGGAGCAUGUCAGGUUCUGGUGGUUUUCACCUACGGAUGACU